CUUUUAUUUGAAGUUUUCCUUGAGCAAAAAUGGUUUCCACAAAAGUGAUUGCGGCUAUGGCCGUCUAUUCUGCCGUUGCGGCUGCGGCGCCUACCGCACCACAGACCAAGACUUUUUCUCUAGUCCAAGAAGCAGUUCCCAAGUCUAGCUACCGGGCCCCUGCAGCGAAACUUGCAAAGGCUUUGGCCAAGUUCGGAGCCCCAAUUCCAGACCAUGUCGCCGCUGCGGCUGCUGCUACAGGCAGUGUUUCUACAACCCCUACCGAGUACGACUCAGAGUAUGUCACCAAAGUGACUGUAGGAGCUUCUACCCUCAACCUCGAUAUCGAUACUGGUUCGGCAGACUUGUGGGCGUUUUCAUCGAAAACCCCCUCAUCUGAGCGUUCUGGCCACAACUACUACAAACCCAGUAGCUCCGCUACUGAAGUCAGCGGUGACAGCUGGGAUAUCAGCUAUGGGGAUGGUAGCUCGGCAAAAGGCGUUGUUUACAAGGACAAGGUGACCAUUGGCGGUGUUUCCUACGCUAAGCAGGCUGUCGAGGCAGCAACUUCUGUUAGCUCUGAGUUCACUUCGGAUACCUCCAUUGACGGACUAUUGGGUCUGGCUUUCAGCAGUAUCAACACUGUUUCUCCUACGCCGCAGAAGACAUUUUUCGAUAAUGUGAAGAGCUCACUUGCCAAGCCUAUCUUUGUCGCUAUUCUCAAACACGAUGAGGCUGGUAGCUAUGACUUUGGUUUCACCGACUCUUCCAAGUACACUGGUGAGAUUGCAUACACGGACGUCGAUGACUCGCAGGGUUUCUGGUCUUUCACUGCCGAUUCCUAUUCCAUUGCUGGCUCCAAAUCUGGUGGAUCUAUUACCGGUAUUGCUGACACUGGCACUACCCUUUUGUUACUUGACGACUCUAUCGUCGACGCCUACUACAAGAAAGUUAAUGGAGCCUCGUACGACAGCAGCCAAGGUGGAUACGUAUUCUCCUGCAGCGCUACUCUGCCUACGUUUGCCAUCACUGUCAAUGGCCACACUGCAACAAUCCCGGGAGACUAUAUCAACUACGCUCCCGUCGACUCUAGCGGUAGCUCUUGCUAUGGUGGCAUUCAAUCCAACUCCGGUAUUGGAUUCUCUAUCUUCGGUGACGUGUUCCUCAAGAGCCAGUAUGUUGUGUUCGAUGCCAGCGGUCCUCAAAUUGGCUUCGCCACACAGGCUUAAAUGAUGGCUAUCACAAUUAGGAAUUUGGAAUGGCUGUUCCUUGAUCAGCCGCACGAUAUGGAAUAGGAAGAUUGUAGCCCUCGAAUUCAAUGUUAUUUGAUUUAUUACAAAGAUAUGAUAUGAGGAGUCACGAAUAGCUAUCGAGGAAGACAGAAAAUCCUAAUUUGUCCUCUCGGCAGUGUUCAAUAAAUGCCUA